AUGUCUGAUAUAUUAAAGGAUAGUGAUGAAGAAACAAUCUCUGAAAAUUAUGAAAGUAGUAAUGAUGAAGAAGAAAUUGAUACCAAUGACGAAAUUAUUGAUAUUGAUGAAGAAAAUGAAGAAUUAAUUGAUCCACCUUUACCUCCUUUACAAGAAAAAUUAACAAAAGCUGAUGUAUGGAAUUUUGUAGAUAAAACAACAAGAAAAUGUCCAAAUUGCGCUAAAAUUUUUGGUAAUAAAACAGGAACUAGUUCUAUUCGAUCCCAUUUAAAAAGUCAUGGAUUGUUACUUGAAAAAGAAAAGCAAACAACUUUAGAUAAUUAUGUUAAAAGACAUUCACAAGAAAUUCAAGCCAAAAAAACACAAGCAGUUAUGAAAUGGAUAAUUUUAGAUAUGCAAGCAUUCAAAGUAGUAGAAGGAGAAGCAUUUAAUAAAAUAGUAUCAAUACUUGAUUCACAAUAUCAAAUACCAA